UCAUAAGUUAUAGUGGACCACUCAUAUGGAACAGUUUGCCCCCUGAAAUAAAAGAAAGUCCUUCGCUAAAUUCAUUUAAAGUAACAUGUUUAUCAGCCGCCAAGCUCUUACAUGAAUCUGGCCAAGAUGUACUGGUACUAGAAGCAAAUGAUCGAGUCGGAGGACGGACUCUCAAUUUUUAUGACGAGGCAAUAAACUACACAGACUUGGGCGGGGCGUAUAUAGGACCUACCCAGGAUCGCAUCUACCGACUCGCCAAAGAAAUGGGUGUGGACACCGUCCGUUGCUAUGACACCGGAAUGGCAAUUUCAUACCACAGGGGAAGGUGGCGAAAGAUGUCAGGUUUGCAUCCUGACACCUGGAAUCCCCUGGAGAAUCUAGAACUCAACCACUUUUGGCAUCUCAUUGACAGAAUGGGAGAAAAGAUUCCGUUUGACCGUCCCUGGGACUUCCCUGAAGCCGCAGAAUGGGACAGUAUGACGGUCAAGGAAUGGGCUGAGAAGACCUUCUGGUUCCAACUGACCAGAGAUGUGCUCUAUGUCCAUUGUUCUGCUGAAUUCUGUGCCGAGGCCAAGGAUCUUUCUCUCCUCUAUUUCCUCUGGUACAUCAAAGAAGGCGGUGGAUAUAUGCGGAUGUCGGCUACUGACAAUGGUGCUCAGGAAAGAAAGUUCAUUGGCGGAAGUCAAAGAAUUUGCCUCAAUAUAGCAGAACAUCUUGGGAAAGGUAAUGUUUUACUGAGUAAACCAGUGUCUAGUAUAGAACAGGAUGCCGAUGGAGUGAAAGUAACGACAAUAACUGGAGAUUCAUAUAAGGCAAAGUAUAUAAUAACAGCACUUCCUCCGGCGAUGCUUUGUAAGAUUAAAUUCACCCCAAGUCUCCCAGCCCUCAGAAAUCAGCUGAAUCAAAGAUAUCCAAUGGGGUCUGUGAUCAAGACGAUGAUGUAUUAUAAACGCCCAUUCUGGCGUGAUCAAAAUUUUUCAUGUAAUAUCUACGCAGACGGGAUUAUUUCAGCGACUCAAGACGACUGUUCGGAAGGCAGUAAUGCUAUUAUAGGAUUUAUGACGGGUGAUUCGGCAAGAGAACAUUGUCAUCUUACAAAAGAAGAAAGGUGAGUGAUAAAUUUUCACUAUUGUUUAUUUUAGAAGAAUUGAACUUUAAAUAUUGAUAUUUUCACUAAUAUGGUAUGCCUGGACUUUCAAAAUAAUCAAGAUGUAAGAACAAUAUAAUAUCUACAGAUAUUGGAUCAUUGAUUUAGAUAUUACUUUAGGCCUAAUCUCACAAAAUGAUAUUUCGAGCAUAUCUUAUUCACUGGCGCAGUUUUAGAAGGGUGGAAUUUCGAAGGAAAAAAAAAGAAUCACAAUCUUACAUCAAAGCUUAGAUAUUUUCAAUAUUAAAAUUUUCAUAAUAUCCUUGGUGUCAAUAAAUUUUUGAAAACUGUUGGUUUAUUACAAUCUGAUUAGUGUUCCUUUUGUUCAGAACACACAAACUAUUGCUCAUUUACUUUGGGAAUGCCCCAUCAUCACUCGUCGGUUUUUAGUUGAUUUUGAAAAAUACUUUCUUAAAAGUGCAAUUAAGUUAUCUUUUAAUGAUUUUGUAUUUGUCAUACCAGGUGGAAAUUAUUAUUUUAAUUUUGAUAUUUUUAUUUUUUUCUUUAUUUUUUUUUCUUUCAUAGAAAGAUUUAAUUCAAAAUCAAACACGAAAUCAAUUCAAUUUACAGAAAAAUCAUGAAGCGAACAUGUUUACAACAACUGUACAUGCGUACUAUUAUCUAUUGAUAAAACAAAAUUAUGAUGUUUUUGACUAAGAACCCUUUCAAUUUCACAAUAGCGUUUCAAUACGUUCUUAAAAGAACUAAAACACAACCGAUCUCCCUUACAACGUGUCGAAAAAAUAAAAUAUUUAGCGUAAAGAAUAUAACGGUUUACAGUAGAGUAUUGAGCGUCAGGGCAACCAAACAAAAAUGAAUUCUUAUUCAAAUACACGUCAUUGUUAAAAAAAGAGGUUUGGAAGUUUUGAAUGAAUUGUUGAGUUACAGGGCAGUCCCAAAACAGAUGUGAAAUGCUUUCAACAGAGGAAGAACAAAAUGUACAUAAAUUAGAUUCAGACAAGCCAAUAUCGUAAAGAUAUUUGUUCACCCCCAUUAUCCGAUUGAAAAGUUUAUAUUGAAAGUAGCGGAGUUUUGUUGAAAGACAGCAUUUAAAGGGAAUCAUAUACAAUCUAUUCCAAUUAUUAACCGGUUCAUUUAAAAUGGAUGCCCAUUUUGUUUGCGAAGUAGGGGACUUUAAGAUUUUAUCAACAGAAAUUCUAUGGAUGAACUUGCAUACCUUAAAAACAUUAUUUAAAUUAUACAACAAAUCUUCUUGAGUUGUUCUACUCUCAACAAGAUGUUGACGAAAAUGUUUCCAUUCAUUGGGUAUUGCAGAAAUCAAUGAAUAAUAUUCAAGAAAAUUACAAUUAAUUUUGUAUUUUUGUAAAAAAGUUGUAUGUGAGAGAAAAUUGUUUUGUUCAUCCAUUAAAUGUUUAAUACUGAUGAUCCCAUUUUUAAGCCAAAGUUGUUUAUAUAUAACUUUCCCAUCUACUUUGAUCAAUGAGUUAUUCCAUAACACUUGAUUCUUUAUAUUCAAUUCAGAUAAAUUAGGAGAGAAAGUUAAAUAACUCCAAGCAAUUAAGAUUUCUCGAAUGAAUUUAUUUUUUAUUUGUAAUAUUUUGGGAUCAUCGUAUUUCAAAUUACAUGUCCAAAACAAUUCUCCUCCAAAGGUGACCAAGUUGUGUUUGAAAAAACAUUUCCAUUUUCCUUUAUUUUCUGUGCUCAUAUAACGUUUAACCCACGCAAUUUUCAAGCCAGAAAUUACGGAAGGUAAAUGUAACAUUUUCAAUCCACCUUGACUAUAGUCUCAAAUAAUUGUAAGACGACUGAUUUUAUCCGGUUUUUCAUUCCAAAUAAAAGAGCAAAUUAAAUGUUCUAAUUCUUUCAAAAAAUCUUCUGGAGGUUUUGGUAAUACAGACAAUAGAAAUAUAAUUUGUGAAAGGCCGAGUGACUUCAAAAUAGUUAUUUUCCCUAUUGGAGUUAAAUUUCUAAUUUUCCAUACUCUUAAAACAUUUUUUAUUUUCUUAAGCUUUGGAACGAAAUUCAAUUCAAAUAUGUCUUUUAAGUCAGGUGAAAAAUAUACUCCCAAUAAUCUAAAUGGGCCAUUAGAAAAUCUUAAUCCGGAAAAGGAUAUGUCUGGAGGAUGUGCUUUAGAAUAACCUAGUGCCACAAUUUCAGAUUUAUUUCGAUUAAUGCAAAGCCCUGAAAAAACCUUAAAUUCGUCCAAAAUAUACAUGAUGAUUUUUUAGAGACUUGACGUCAUUUAUAUAAAAUGUUGUGUCAUCUGCAUAAGAGUUAAGCUUAAUUUCUAUUCCAUUCACUGUUAUACCUUUAAUAUCACUGUUUCCCCUUAUCCAUAAACACAUAAUUUCAUUACAAAUGAUAUAAAGAAGAGGACUUAAAGGGCAGCCCUGCCUUACUCCACAUGAAAUUUGAAAAAAUUCUGAAGCAUGUCCAUUAUUCAAAAUACAAGAAUAUAUAUCAUUGUACAUAACUCUAAUCCAUACUAUCAAAUCUUCACCAAAAUUGAAAUAUUUCAAAGCUUGAAGUAAAAAGGACCAUUCUAAUUUAUCAAAUGCCUUUUCUAUGUCGGCCAUUAACAUAAAACCUGGAAUAUCAUGUUCAUUUGUAAAUUCAAUCAUAUAUAAGGCUAAGCGAAUAUUUUCACCAAUAUACCGACCAUGUAAAAAUCCUGUCUGGUCAUUAUUAAUAAUACUUCCUAACACCUUUCGCAAUCUCAAAGCUAAACAUUUUGCAAGAAGUUUAUAGUCGGUGUUUAAAAUAGAGAUGGGCCUCCAACUUUUUAAAAGCAAAGGAUUUUGGUCCUUUUCAGGAAUGAGGUGAAUAAUUCCUCUCCUCUGAUCCAAUGACAAUUUACCUUGUAUAAAGGAAUAAUUAAAACUAUUGAUUAAAACAUCUCCUAAUUCUUUAAAGAAAAAUUUAUAGAAUUCACACGGGAACCCAUCCGUUCCCGGAGUUUUGUUGUUAUUCAUUGAUUUCAGAGCAUUAACACAUUCUUGCAUUGUUAUAACACCUUCACAUUUCUUUUGUAACUCUGGUGAUAAAAUAUUGCAUUGAUCACCAUGAGGUAAAAUAUCGUAAAGAUCAUUUUGAGAUGGGUGAGAUGAUGUGAAUAUAGAUUGAUAAUAGUCUCUAAGAGCAAUUAAUAUUUGUUUUUGUGAAGUCACGAUUAUAUGAUUAUCAAUUUGUAAUUUAGUUAUGACUUUCUGUCGUUGAUUCCUUUUUUCAAGAUUUAUAAAAUAACGUGUGUUUCUUUCACCAUUUUCGAUCCAAUUAGCUCUCGCUCUUAUAAUUGCACCUGCUGUCUUUCUCUCAUAUAACAUCUCAAGAUCCUCUUUACAAGACAUUAUUUCAUUUUUAACCAAUUCAGAUUGAUUCUGGGAAUAACUGGACUCAAGGGAUUUGAGUCUAGCUAUAAUAUUUUUUUCUCGAGCUCUACCUUGCCUGGCUUUCUCAAUUGAAUAGCCAAUCGUCAUUUAUCUAAUUUGACAUUUAAGAAAAUCCCACAACGUAUUAGGAUCUAAAUUAUUUAAAAACAUAUUCUUGUUUUCUUUUAUACAAUCUCGAACCAAUUCAGUGUAUGUUUCAUCUUGCAAUAAUGAAGUAUUAUAUUUCC